CGGCACUCCAGCAAAUGAUGAUGGAUAAUAUGCUUUUGUUUGUGUUAUCCUAGUUUGAUGACACCUUUCUAUAUGGCGCUCGCACAGUUUUAUCCCACAAGAAGUUUGAGCGCCAAUCCGAGCUCGGCAAAGCUUUCCCGCGUAUAUCCCUCUCUUUCUACUAGCAGGAACUGCUACAAUCGUCCCUAGGCCAGUCGAUCAUACGUUACCUCUUCCUCGUCCAGGAACCAUAAACUUAUCUUCAUUCAGUACAAGAGGCGAGUACUAAUGCCACUUAGGAAAGCGUACGGGGCAUGUCCGAUCGAACAACUGCGGGGUUUCGCUGGGGAGACCGAAGUGGAGACGAUGGAACCGACAUACGCAAUGUGUUGAAAAGAGCGAUUAUUCCUUGCGACACUUCACGCAUCGCUUGCCGCUUGAUAGAUACGGCAUCAGCUAAGUGGCAGUACAGAGGGCUCUGAAAUGGAGAGUAACAACCCAUCCUGGUUCUUGUAUGGGCCUGGGGAAGCACGUCUACAGUCACUCCCCGUACCGGAGAUUCAGGAUCCCCACGAUGUCAUCGUCCGCAUUGCCUACGUUGGAGUCUGUGGAAGUGAUGUACAUUUCUGGAAACACGGCGGAGUCAACAAGAAGGUCAGCAAGGAACAACCGCUAGUGCUAGGCCACGAAGCUGCUGGAACCAUUCAUACGGUCGGAACUGCCGUCAAGUCCGUUCAAGUCGGUGAUCCCGUUGCCAUUGAACCUGGUAUCCCAUGCCGGCGCUGCAAGGCUUGCAAACAUGGCACCUAUAAUAUUUGUCGAGAGAUGAGGUUUGCGGCCGUACCACCAGAUGUGCACGGUACCUUGACGAAGUAUUACCGGGUACCAGAAGACUUUGUCUAUAGGAUACCAUCGGGAAUGAGCCUUCAAGAAGCGGUAAUCAUGGAACCGCUCUCUGUGGCAGUGCAUUCUACUCGUCUGGUCAACAUCACUCCCGGCCAAACCAUUGUGAUCAUGGGUUCCGGGUCGGUCGGUCUUCUGUGCGGCGCAGUCGCGAAGGCAUUCGGCGCUGACCGAGUUAUUCUGGUCGACAUCCUGGAACACAAGCUGUCAUUUGGAUCCGAGUUCCUCGAUUGCGAAACCUUCCUUACCAGCUUGGACGAAACGCCAGAGGAGAGUGCGACUCGUUUGUUAGAUAUGCUGGAUACCCCAGAUGGCGUCGAUGCUGUGAUUGAAGCUUCCGGUGGUGAAGGUCCAGUCCAAAUCGGCAUAUAUGCCUUACGGCGCGGUGGUAGUUACGUUCAAGCCGGCGUUGGGAAGCCAAAGGCAGAGAUCCCAAUCUUGGCCCUGUCCCAGAAAGAACUCCACGUCCAUGGAUGCUUUCGGUACGGACCUGGAGACUAUGACCUCGCUCUAAAGUUGAUCACCAAGGGAUCCAUUGAUGUUAAACGCCUAAUCACCAGUGUGACGCCCUUCGAACACGCGCCGCAGGCUUGGGACAAGACGGGCCGGGGUGAAGGAAUUAAAAACCUGAUUCAAGGUGUGCAAGACUAGCGAGUAUUCUCCACCUGUCCGGCAUAGAAAUAGAGUAAAGAUCCACAUCAAUCGCAUAGCCCUUUUAGAUCCAAUGUCACGGGUUGUAGCUUGGCGUAAACGACGUCGAGUUUACACCUUCAUUCGAUCAAUGCUGAAUAUAGACCGCAUUGGGGUUUUACGCUCUCGACCUGAGUACGACAAUACUAAUAGUUUGGAUGGGCCAAAAGAACACACAGCUUUGUCUAAUAACAUCAACACACUUUUAAGCAUAAGUCUUCUGC